AUGGAGCAUUACUUACCAGAAAUAUUUUGGCACGAUCGUCAAGGAUUGUUAUCGGUCGAUUUCCAAAAAAGCUCCAAAAAGAAUGGCGGGCAUUAUAAGAUUGUUACCACCAGUAUGCAAAAAGAAGUUCGAAUUUGGGAAUUUGUAUUUGAAAAAGUUUUAAAAGAAGGUGAACGAGACGCUUUAGCGGUGAAUUUUAUUGCAAACAUAACAGGACAUCAGGCUGCAGUUAACGUUGCACGAUUUUCCCCAUCCGGUUUUUGUGAUCUUCUAGCUUCUGGCGAUUCUGCAGGCGUUGUAUUUAUAUGGAAGUUUUCUGGUGAAGCGUCACCUUCAUCUGUACCACCAGAAACAAAUUUUGAUGAUUUUCCUCUGAAUAAAGAAAACUGGGUACGGUUGCAUGAAAGUGAUGUAAGCGCCAUCUGUUGGAGUACAGAUGGGCAGUUUUUGGCUUCCUCAUCAAAUGACGAAUCAGUAGUCGUGCAAAAUGUUUUGACGGGUCAUCGUCUUUGGACAAUUACGAAUUAUAGACGUUUUCCUAACGGAAUCGUGUGGGAUCCGAAAGGGAAAUAUGUUGUAACUAUGUCAACAGAUCGAAAAAUGGACAUUCUGAGUGCUGAAAAAGGAGCUAAGUUGCGAUGUUUUCAUGCUGCUUUACCGCAUAACUGGGUGAUAUCCUCUUUAAACUGCUUCAUUGGUUUACAGGUUUACAAGUUGUUCCACGAUGACCAGCUGAUUUCUUUCACAAGAGGAGUCGAUUUUUCUCCUGACGGUGAAUUGCUGAUAGCUCCAAGUGCACAUUUGGAAGUCGAUGACUCAAAUAUUUACGGGACAUACGUAUUUCGACGGCGCGAUUUCGAUAAAGAUUGUCCAACCGCUUUUCUAAGAUCUCGAAAACCUACUUUUCGUGCUGUCUGUUCACCUAUAGUCUUCAAACUUCGAUGUGAUGUUGCAAAAAAUAUGUUGGACUUACCGUACCGCAUUGUAUGGGCCGUGUUGACGUUGGAUGCAAUUAUUUUUUAUGACAGUCAGAGUCCUUUUCCUUUUUCUUACGUUGAUGGGAUUCACUACAACAAUCUUAGUGACGCUGCUUGGAGUCCUGAUGGAAAAAUUCUUUUAGUGUCAUCAUUAGAAGGUUACUGCAGCUUUAUAAGGUGGUGCUUAAUGAUUUCAGGUGAUACUACCAGUGAAGUAGAUGCUUCAGAUCUUCAAAACAAGCAAGCUACGAAGCCAAAACCGAAAACUCCUGCAAAUUUGAUAUCUAAUUAUUUUAAAAAACCUCCAUUUAGUCCACUGGAGUCAAAGAGAAUAGACCUAAGCAAUCCUGCUUUUGAAAAAGAUAUUUCGUAA